AUUUAACUGAAAUCGCCGCCUUCCCAAUACCACAUCUCCAUACACACACGCAAUCUCUCUCGCACACUUUGCGUUGCCAUCAUCUUCCGCUCACCGUCCUGCAUCCUGUCGCCGGCCUGCGUAACUACACCAAAGCCUACACCCAAAACCUACACAGCUCCUCCUUCGAGGUUACCUUUACUUGUGCGAACCCAGCAAUCACAAAGUCGCGCAGAAAUCACCACCGACCUUUACCCAACCUCAUCUUCCUACGACCUUGAUCUGAUAAACCCCACAAACGCCUCUCAUCUUACUUGUUUCCUCGCGUUCGCUCUUACCACUUCGGCGUGUAUUUACCAUCUGCCUCCUACUCACCAUACCCUCCCAUCAUACCCUCCCAUCAUAUACUUCAGCCUCGUUCUGCUUAAGCAACUGCGCCAAAAUAUUUUUAUAAUUUUAUUCGGUGGUUCAUUAAAAUUCUUUACGCACGCAUGGUCUCUGUCCCAGGAACCAUUUUAACCCACAUUCCCGCCCCAUUUCUCGCGGAUAUGCACCUCCUUCGCGACCGGCCCGCUCAGAGCCGUGUCCCAAAUCCAGAGGAUUCAUUAUUGUUAUCACCUCGAUCGAUGAAACAACUGACCUGCCAACCACCACUCUCGGGAUUGCAAUCAGCAAAUUCCUCAAGGGAGUUUCACGGCCUACCACCCGAAAUUCUUCAGUACAUUGUCAACUUCCUUCCCUUUCAUGACCUCGUCAAGGUGUACACAAGUCUACCAAAGAUCCACCGACCCAUUAUUCAGCAGCAGCUGGACUAUUCGUUGGCCUUGAUGAUCCUGACUCUCGAGAUUAAGCAGGAUGCUCGAGGGCCGACUGACCGGAACACAACAACGACAACAUCCGCAACGGCUUCGCUUCCGACGCAAUGGAGGGUUACGGCUUUCGAUGCAGACCGCAUGUGGGUCGAGUUUCAGCUGGAGGCAAAGCUCGGCAUGGAGAUGGCAGAGAGGCGUCGACAAGAAGUCUUGCAACAGUAUCAAGAGUUUUCGUCAAAAAAAUCUUCAUCCACGGCGCAGAGGUGCAGAAGGGAUUUGCGCGCUCAGAGUAACUCGACUUCAAUCCCGAUAUUGUGCGACCACACUCGAUCGAAGGCUCAGUGCCAAUACCCUUCACUCGCGGACGAUAUCGAAAGCGUGAUCUGGAAGUCGCGUCGCAGAAGAGACGUAUCAGAUCGCCGAAGAACCGUGUUCGAGUUCGCCAUGAGCCCAGCUGAUGCACUGGAUCAGGAGGACCACGUCGUAGACAGUAACUUUUUCCAUUGCGACAAAUCGUGUGCUCUUCCAGCCCUGGAAUCUGCGAGGAUCUCCUUCAAGGCUCACAGGAACACGCCCGCGCGUUGGAUCACCUCUUGGAAUGAUCAUUUGAACGAGUUCUGUGGUACUUCCAUGAGUACAACAGAUAGCUCUCCUGUUGGGCGGCCCUCAUUCUUUGAGGUAGAGUCACCUCGAGCAAGAAGCGCGAGAGAGAGGAAGGCAGCCUUUAUGCAGGAUCAUGUUUUGUUGCGAGUUUUGUCUCGGAUGACGGACACAGAGGCAUCGAGUGCAGUCCAGUUUUUGCCAAGAGCUGUUGAGCUGGAUACGAGGAACCUAGGACAAAGACGCACCAAAGCUGUAGUGCUCUCUGAAAAGCCGUGGCUGCCUAAUCAUCGUCUCGGGCGCCAGCGAGAGGAAGAGAAGCGCAGGGCUGCGUCGUCCAAGGUCAACCGUCGGCACUCAUGGCACCCUGAGAGCGUGAGAGAGCAGUUGUCGUUUUUCACACGCGAAAGUGAGCAAUUCUCGACCGCAUUAAAAGGACUCCUCGAACGGUCUUCUUGGAACGGCUCUGGACCAAGGGGAUGGCUGUCAUAUCCUAUAGGUGCAACGACCGAGAUGCCGGACUACCACUACCACCGCUGGCAAGACGAACCGUUCGUUAUAGGUGGAUGGGAUGCCGCGGAAUGGAUGUCUGCGCUGUCGAGUAUGGCCACGUCCAUAUACAGGUCAUGUCGUGAGUUCUCUGGACCGCGUUCGGACAAGGGCAUUGCUAUCACUACGGCCUCUUGUGGACAUCUGGAGGAAGAAGACACAGCAGAAGAGAAAGAGGCCAAGGAGGAGGAUGCGCUAUUUGAAUUCACAUACGACGUUCGGCAUAACUAUAUCCUCAGCAAUCGACUCGAGGGCGAACGAGUGGUACGGCCAAUCCGUUUCGCGUGCUCGCUUGAUUUCUUCGUCCCCCAAGGACAAGGCGCAUAGGAGCCACGCCUCGCAUCCGUACUCCCCUUCCAUGGAUCACAUAGACAUAGACGCAUCUUAUUACAUACAAUGCACUUUUCGUAUUAAUGCUAUGGUCAA